AUGGCAGUUUCAACUUUGAAUAUGUCGCCUUAUUUUACCGGAUAUCCUUUUCAAGGUCAAGGUAGAGUGAAUCAAUUAGGUGGAGUUUUUAUCAACGGAAGACCAUUACCGAAUCACAUUCGAUUGAAAAUCGUGGAAAUGGCCGCCGCCGGUAUCCGACCGUGUGUUAUAUCGCGACAACUUCGCGUAUCUCACGGUUGCGUUUCCAAAAUCCUAAAUCGGUACCAAGAAACUGGUAGUAUUCGACCUGGUGUUAUCGGAGGUUCCAAACCUCGCGUUGCGACUCAAGAAGUCGAAAACAGAAUAGAGCAAUGGAAGAAAGAUCAACCCGGAAUAUUCAGUUGGGAAAUCAGAGAUAGGCUUAUUAAGGAAGGUAUUUGCGACAAGAACUCAGCACCAUCAGUUAGUUCGAUCAGCAGAUUAAUAAGAGGCGGUAGAAAAAACGAUUCAGAUAGAAAGAAUCAUUCUAUAGAUGGAAUAUUAGGACCGAAUUCAUCCUGCGAAGACAGCGAAACGGAAUCCGAGCCUGGGAUUCCCUUAAAACGUAAACAAAGAAGAUCUCGAACGACAUUCACCGGAGAACAACUAGAAGCUCUCGAAAGAGCUUUCAGUCGUACUCAAUAUCCUGACGUAUACACGAGAGAAGAAUUAGCUCAGAAGACAAAAUUAACCGAAGCUAGAGUACAAGUUUGGUUUUCUAAUAGAAGAGCAAGAUUGAGAAAACAACUAAAUUCUCAACAAUUGAACGCGUUCAGCGCUAUAUCAUUGCAAUCUGCAUUUCCGGGCGUUCAACAACAUUACCCGGAAAGUAAUUUCAAUCAAGGUGCUUGGGCUCAACAAAGCUACACUUCAGGCAUUGGACCUACAUCUUUACCGACUUCCCUACCUACAACUAGUACAAAUUCAGCUAGCACGACUACUCCCGCCCAAAGCGCUUUGUACAACUCUUACAGUAACGGAAGUCACUUGGAUCAGAGUGCUGUGUUGAAUUGUAGCAACCAAUUUGGUUACAACACAUCACAAGUAUCGCCAAAUCAUCACAGCAUAUCUCCUCAACAGAGCGCGGUAUGGUCCAGGCAUGCGCAAAACAAAAUGACCGAUAAUAUUUCUCCUCCAUGGCACGAUAAUUAUAGUUUGUUAGCAACUGGAACGCAUUAUACGGGAAGUCAUUCUGCUAGCGAAGCUAAAUCAGGAUAUCCUUACUUCGGAGCUAUGGAAAUGUGCACUAGUCGAGUUCAUUGA